AAUUACUAUAUUUGUAUUGUAUAAUUCUAAAGCCUAAGUGCAUUGAUAUAGUUUUUAUGACUUCUUGUGCUUGUAUUUGUGUCAGACUAAUGACUCAUUGUGGCAAAAGUGACAAUAUAAAAAUGAAUCAAUCAAAUUUGUUAAACAUUAAUUCCGAAAGCUUGCUUGAAAUAUUCAAACAACUUGUGCCAAGAUAUGCUCCAUUUAACACUAAUCAUUUUGAAACAUAUACCUUAUAUAAAGAUCUCAUUCACUUUGUAAAGUGUGAUCCAUGGAUAAGGAAUCAGUUUGCGCACUUCUACCCCCACAUCUAUGGAAAAAUUAUGAAUAAAUUUCAGGACCCUUAUGAACGUUUCAGUAUUAGCUUUGAUGAUAUUUUCGAGCAAUUGCGGGGAUUAACAACUAAGGAACGAAAAAUAUUUCUUGAAUCCUAUGCUGAUGACAUAAUUGAAAGAAUUGAUCCACAAAAUGUUUCUUUAACGCGCAACACAUAUUCUUACAAUGAAGAGCAUUUAGAUUUUAUUGAAAAGAUUAUAAACGCAAUUAAAAAAAAAAAAAUUUUUAACAACUUUAACUAUACAUUUACAAGGAUACACUAUGGACAAUUUAUCAUUUCAACCCCAUCUCGAGACAUUGACUUUAAAUGUGAGAAUAAAUGUUGCGGAAUUGGUCGAAUGCUGCAAAGUCAAUCCAAAUUUGCGUAAACUUUACAUUGAAAGUAAUGAAAUCUAUGGCAGAUUGUCCGACAUCACUCUUGAUAACAAUAGCUUGCAAUAUUUAGAAAGCUUGCAUUUCGUAAUGAAACCUGAAAUUGAUGCUGCGGAAUAUGAAAGAUUGUCAAAACUUCCAAAAUUAAAUGAAUUAGCAAUAGAUGGAACACAUCAAAUCGGCACAUUAAGGCCACUUUUUAGUGGUUUGGCUGAAAGGAAACAACUUACACAAUUGCUUCUUUGGCGUGUCGUCGUAAACGAUGAAGAAAGUCAUGCCAUCUCUCAGAUAAAAUCAUUAUCACGUUUGGAAUGUGGUUUCUUUGAAGCAAAAAGUAUUGGCCAUCUUUCAAAUUUAAGAAGUCUUUACCAUCUGAAUAUAACAUCACAAAAUGAUCUUGCAAGUACGUUGAAUGGGAUAGUAAAAAUUUUAAUGACAACCAGAAAAGAAUUAAUUAAAAUUGAAUUUUACAAUGCUGAAAUCACAUAUGAAGCAUUCCCAAUAUGUAUUAAUAUUUCUGUCCGAUCAACUGACAUUUCGAAGUUUUCUGUUCUCUCUAAAGUCAAAAAUCUGAAUGUACUGCGAAUUUGCACAACCAAAAAAACGAAGGGCUCAUUACAAAAUCUAUUUAAUGCAUUUGCAAACGGAAAUCUUCAGAGUUUAACAGUACAGACAAACAUGUUUCAAAACGAUCGAAACGCGAUUUCAGCAGUUGCGUCCAUAAAAUCUCUUAAAAGGGUUAUUUGUAUUUUCAAUGAUUUGAGUAACAUAGACGUUUUGGCUAGAUUGCCGCAGCUCGAAGUGCUAGUCAUAAUAAAAAAUUUAUUGGACAAAGAGCAAACGGAUAUUGAAUCCGACACUAAAAUUAAUUCUAAAGAAUUGAAAACGCUUUUUGCAAUGAUAGCGACAAAGUUAUCUCCGAAAUUAAAUUGUUUUCAUCUAUCACCAGAGUUUCCAAUUGAUUAUUCUGUAACUUCUGAAUUAAUUACAAUUAAAUCGCUAAAAAGUAUAACAUGUAGUUUCUCUGAUGACGAAAGCAUUAAAUGCCUCGAUAAGCUUCCGAAGCUAUUGUAUCUAAAAAUUACGUCACAGCACGAUUUUAGCAAGAUAUCUGAAGCGAUUAUAAAAAUUUUAUCAUCUUCUCCAAUCGAAUUUAAAAUGGAAAAAGAUUCCAUAGACAACUCCAUCACUUGGGAUCCCAGUAAAGGGCUUGAACUAAACUUGAUCCAAGGAACGGAUGCAAAUCGGUACGCUUCCCUGGGAAAAUUGGAGAACUGUGAAAGUCUUACAGUAAUUGGAAAGUGCAAAUUGGGAUCAUUGCACUCUUUAAUUCGAAACCUUACAUUAAACCAAAUUCAGAAAUUAAAAGAAUUGCAACUUAUGAAUAGUCCAAUCAAUUACGAAGAGACUCUAAUGAUAAGUCAAAUAAAAUCAUUAAAACAUAUCAUUUGCGAUUUCUCUGAUCCCAGAAGUUAUGAAGUCGACUUUUCCCAUAUUGAUAACAUGAAAGCUUCACAUUAUAUAAAUGAAAAUAAAUCUUUAAGUCAGAUGGUAUGACACCAUAAUAGUUUUGUUGUUUGAUUGUUUGUUUGACACCAUAAUAGUUUUGGACAAUUUGUAUAUAAAAAUAAUACGGGAAAGUUGUUUAUAGAAGUUUAUCCAGAUAUCGACUUCGCAUUACUGGCGAAUUUGGAAAACGUAGAAAUUCUUCACAUAUUUAAUGACCACAAAGAUUCGCUUAAAAACCUUUUCGCCAAACUGGCCUUAUAUUCUAAUAUUAAAGAAUUAUAUGUUGAAGAAUACGACGAAGAAAUUAUAAAAAGAGAAAAUGUGCUUGAUGAUAUUUUAUUUGCCAAAAUUGAAAAGAAUUAUAUAACAAAAGAUUACAGAGAAUGUAAAUUGAGUCCAGCGACAAAAAAACUAUUAUUUGCCAUGACAGAUAAUGGAAUUUCAAAACAAAAAGGCCAUUUUCCGACUAUUAAUUCUGAAGAACUGUUGCAAGUUGCUAAAAUGAAAUCGAUUAGAAAACUCAAAUGUGGAUUUUCCAGUUCGCACAAUAUUGAGACUCUAGCCCAACUGAUGGAACUUCAAGAAUUAACUAUUACAACACAUAAAUCUAGAUCACUAGAAGGACUUUUUAAAAAAUUCUCAUCGCGAACUUCAUCAGCUCUUCAAUACCUGGCUAUAAGAAACAAUGAAAUUACUAUCGAUGAGUUAAAAGCGAUUGCCGGUAUAAAAUCGUUGAAACGAUUAAAAUGCGCUUUCACCAAUCCAAAAGACGAUGUUGUCCUUCCAGAAAUGCUAAACCUUGAAGAGCUGUGUAUAAUAGCUCACAGGAGUGGCAAACUUUCUAAAAAACUCCGCCUGUUUUCGAAAUGCUCGUUGAACAAGAUUAUAAUUAUGGGAGAUUCCUUGGACGUACAGGAUGUUGCGGCUCUCUCAGAGUUCGAAUCCUUGAAAAUAUUACACAUUCAUAUACUCCAAUUAGAUUGCAUUAAUCUUUUGCUUCCAAUUAAAAAUCUGGCCGAAAUUAAAAUUGAUUUAAAGUGCCACGGAUGUGACAUAAAGUCGCCGAUUAGGUUAUCCGAAAACCUUGGAAAACUGUAUAAAUUGGCUUUAAAACUUGUAAUAAUUAAUAAUGAAGAUUUUUCAAAUUGUUUACAACUUCCGGCCUUAAAAUCUUUGGAAUGCCGUCCUGCGCUUACAUUCAAUACAAAUUUCGAAGGGCUUGCGCAACUUGAAGAAUUGAUAAUCGCAAGCCUAGAAUUCCCGAACGACAGCAUUUAUAUUCUUCUUCAGGCAUUGGUCGAGAAAACGCCAAAGAAUCUUAAGCGUUUCGUUAUUAAAAAUGAAAACCUGGAUAUGGAAAGCAGUUUGCUUCUUUCACAAAUCGAUUCAAUCACAACUUUGGAAUGCGGUUUCGAAUCCCAUCAAUCUAUUCACUUAUUAAAAAAACUUAUCAACCUUCAAUCGUUAAAAAUAACAUCAAAACAUAGUUAUAUAGCUACUUGGGAUGCUUUUUUUACUCUAGUCAAAAAUUGCCCUAAACUUGAAUCAUUGUAUUUACAAGAAUUCGAAGAAUUCAAUUGGAAGCCAAUGAUAUAUUCAACAUUGUAAAAAAAACCGAGUCAUAAAACCAAUCGAUUUAUAUAAAGUCUAAGCUUAAACAACAGAUCUACUUCAUUUGUUUAUGUUCAUCUUCAGCCAAAUGAGAAGCUGCAUGUAUCUCGGUUUUAAUGACUUAAGAAUUUAAAAACAUUGUGUAUUAAGUUAACUAAUUCAGAAGACAGAUGUAAAAUAUUGGAAUUUGUUAAAAUAAAAAAUAUUAGGUUAAUCCUUUAAAAUUAC